CGCGCGCGGCGCCGCGCCUUGCUGGGUCCUCAGACUCCAGCCAAGAUGGCGGAGAGCGGCGAGUGUUUGGGCACCGUCCCGGAGCACGAGCGGAUUCUGCAGGAGAUUGAGAGCACUGACACCGCCUGCGUGGGACCCACUCUCCGAUCUGUAUAUGAUGACCAGCCAAAUGCGCACAAGAAGUUUUUGGAAAAAUUAGACGCUUGUAUCCGUAAUCAUGACAAGGAAAUUGAAAAGAUGUGUAAUUUUCAUCAUCAGGGUUUUGUAGAUGCAAUUACAGAACUCCUCAAAGUAAGAACAGAUGCAGAAAAACUGAAGGUGCAAGUUACUGAUACAAAUCAAAGAUUUCAAGAUGCUGGGAAAGAGAUGAUAAUGCAAACAGAAAAUAUUAUUCGAUGUAGAAUUCAGCAGAGGAAUAUUACAACGGUAGUAGAAAAAUUGCAGUUAUGCCUUCCAGUGCUGGAAAUGUACAGUAAGCUAAGAGAACAGAUGAGUGCAAAAAGGUAUUAUUCUGCCCUAAAAACUAUGGAACAAUUAGAAAAGGUGUAUUUUCCCCGGGUUAGUCAAUACCGGUUCUGUCAGUUAAUGAUAGAAAAUCUUCCUAAACUCCGUGAGAAUAUUAAAGAAAUCUCCAUGUCUGAUCUCAAAGACUUUUUGGAAAGCAUUCGAAAACAUUCUGACAAAAUAGGUGAAACAGCAAUGAAACAGGCACAGCAGCAGAAAACCUUCAGUGUUGCUCUUCAGAAGCAAAAUAAUGUGAAAUUUGGGAAGAAUAUGUAUAUAAAUCAUGAUAGAGUUCAAGAAGAAAAAAAAGAAAUUGUAUUGAAACAUGCCUUUGAUGAAGAAGAUGAGAAUGAAGAGGAGGUCUUAAAUGUUCAGGAUCUUGUUGAUUUUUCUCCUGUUUACCGAUGUUUGCAUAUUUAUUCUGUUUUGGGUGAUGAAGAAUCAUUUGAAAAUUAUUACCGAAAACAAAGAAAGAAACAAGCAAGACUGGUUUUACAGCCCCAGUCAAGUAUGCAUGAAACAGUUGAUGGCUACAGAAGAUAUUUCACUCAAAUUGUAGGGUUCUUUGUGGUGGAAGAUCAUAUUUUACAUGUGACACAAGGAUUGGUAACCAGGGCAUACACUGAUGAACUUUGGAACAUGGCCCUUUCAAAGAUAAUUGCUGUCCUUAGAGCUCAUUCAUCUUAUUGCAUUGACCCUGAUCUUGUUUUAGAGCUGAAGAAUCUCAUUGUAAUUUUUGCAGAUACUUUGCAGGGUUAUGGUUUUCCAGUAAACCGACUUUUUGACCUUUUGUUUGAAAUAAGAGAUCAAUACAAUGAAAUACUACUUAAGAAGUGGGCUGGAGUUUUCAGGGACAUUUUUGAAGAAGAUAAUUAUAGCCCUAUCCCUGUUGGUAGUGAAGAAGAGUAUAAAAUAGUCAUCAGCAAAUUUCCCUUUCAAGAUCCAGAUCUUGAAAAGCAGUGUUUCCCGAAGAAAUUUCCCAUGUCUCAGUCAGUACCUCAUAUUUAUAUUCAGGUUAAAGAAUUUAUUUAUGCCAGCCUUAAAUUUUCAGAGUCACUGCACCGGAGCUCAACAGAAAUAGAUGAUAUGCUUAGAAAAUCAACAAAUCUGCUGCUGACCAGAACUUUGAGUAGCUGUUUACUGAACCUUAUUAAAAAACCACAUAUAGGUUUGACAGAGCUGGUACAAAUCAUCAUAAACACAACACACUUGGAGCAAGCUUGUAAAUACCUUGAGGACUUUAUCACUAAUAUUACAAAUAUUUCUCAAGAAACUGUUCAUACUACAAGACUUUAUGGGCUUUCUACUUUUAAGGAUGCUCGACAUGCAGCAGAAGGAGAAAUAUAUACCAAACUUAACCAAAAAAUUGAUGAAUUUGUUCAGCUUGCUGAUUAUGACUGGACAUUGUCUGAGCCAGACGGAAGAGCUAGUGGUUAUUUAAUGGAUCUAAUUAACUUUUUGAGAAGCAUCUUUCAAGUGUUUACUCAUUUACCUGGGAAAGUUGCUCAAACAGCUUGCAUGUCGGCCUGCCAGCAUCUGUCAACAUCCUUAAUGCAGAUGCUACUGGACAGUGAGUUAAAACAAAUAAGCAUGGGAGCUGUUCAGCAAUUUAACUUAGACGUCAUACAGUGUGAAUUGUUUGCCAACUCUGAGCCUGUGCCAGGAUUCCAAGGGGACACUCUGCAGCUAGCAUUCAUUGACCUUAGACAACUCCUUGAUCUGUUUAUGGUUUGGGACUGGUCUACUUAUCUAGCUGAUUAUGGGCAGCCAGCUUCUAAAUACCUUCGAGUGAAUCCAAGCACAGCCCUUACUCUUUUGGAGAAGAUGAAGGAUACUAGUAAAAAGAACAAUAUAUUUGCUCAGUUCAGGAAGAAUGAUCGAGACAAGCAGAAGUUGAUAGAGACAGUGGUAAAGCAGCUGAGAAGCUUGGUGAAUGGUAUGUCCCAGCAUGCGUAGACCUCAUGUCGUUUGCACUGAGUAACGUCAGAGCCCCAGGACUGAGUGUUGAUUUCUAACAAGCAAGGGUCAAGAUACAGUAAUUGGUUUACAGAAUUUAAAAGUGCAGCACUGAAAAGACAAUGAUGAUGGCUUAAACAAGAAAUCAUAAGUAUCAUUUGUAUGAAUUUUUAAAUAAUUGAAUAUUUUAUAUAUGGAAAAUGUUACUUUUUUCAAUUGUAGGGGGAAAAGGCAAAACUAUAAUAUCAAGUAAAAAAUUGUAUAUGAAACUGAUUGCAAAUACAUCAGAAAAACAAGCCUUUGCUUUAUAAGUAUUUUUUUCUGUUUAAACUUGAGUGAUGUUUUAAAAAAUAUAUGGUUUUAGAAUGCAGUCAUGUCUAAUACAUACUAUAGAAAUGAUCCCUGAAAGUAUAGCCUUCAGUCAUGUCUAAUACAGGAGUAUUUUACUGCCAUUUUCUGAUUUAGAAAAUUUUUAUUUUCACCUCAGUGUGAUUUAGGUAGAAUAAAAUUUUUAAUUCUGCUCAUUCUGAGAGGGAAAUAUACGAAUCUUUAAGACUUCUUGAAAUCAAACCUAACUCAGUAAGAAUGUAAAUUAUUUGUUCUACUUGUUGGUUUAAUUUAAACAUGCUGAAUAUGAAGGAAAUGUUUUGGAUUUUCUAAGAGUGCAAUGUUGAUUUGUGCUCUUCCAAGUUGGUGUGUCUAUCUAUAUUGAUCGUAGCUAGCCCCAAUCUAGAUUUGCUUGGUUUAGUUUCGUUCAGGUUAGCAAAGGAAAGUUAACGAUGGCUAAACGCUUCAAGUGCAGCUGGUGUUGGAGUGUACGUGUUUUUCUUACACACAGCAGUUGCCACAGGUCUUGGGUUAUUGUCUUCAAACAGCAGAUCUCACUGCCCUGUCCUCGCUGUGGAAACAGACCAAAUCAACUGAAGUCUGGAAAAUAGAAAACAAAUAUAAAACAUUUUUCUUAGUGUAAGUCAAGAUGACCAAAACAGCAAUGUAAAUCUUUAAAUCUGAUCUUUAUUUUCUCAUGCUGUAUUUAUGCUGAAUAACCCUUUUGCAUUAUCAGGAUUUAUACCUGUUGAAAAACUAUACCUGGCUUUGUAAAGCAAGUGUCAAGAACUAUUGUUUACAUCUCUUGAUUUUGUGAUGAAAUAUUAAAGAUUGAGAAAGUUGUUGAAAAUGCA